AUCUAUUUUGAAUACGGCAUGAAACGGAUUCAUCCUUAUAAAAGCGUGCGAAUAAAGGCAAUUCUGCUCAAUCAGAUCUCUUGAAAGACUGUUAUGGAACCCCAUCCAUCCAAAGAUUGAAAACUGGAUCUAGAAUCUCCAAAAACCAUUUCAGUCUCCACUCGCAGCCCUUUCCCAAGAUUCCAGAUAAAUUAUGAUUCUCGACUUCUGAUCUUACCCCACAUGCUGCGGUUCCCUCAGUUGUUGGUUGGAGCAUGCCAUGUGAGAGAAGGACAUUCACCACGAGGUAACUCUUCAGGACAUGUAUCAAUUACGGUCACUCUACCUUAUCGGCGAUUUCUUCAAUGAUUACCUACUUUACCCUAUCUAUGGAACUCAGUCUGUUCAGAGCAAAUCGUCAUCGAUUUAAUUCUAGUGCGUGGGAUUCCAUGACAUAGUGCAGCAAACACGGGCAACCAAGUUCAACUAUUCGCCCAUUCAACCCCGUAUUCACUUUCCCCCUCUUGCAAUCGGUGUAGCAUCCUAACACGUGAAUUCACUUCCCCGAAGGUUCUCCCGCGAGAGAAUUGGCGGAAAAUGAAUCAAGGCAUAUCAGAUGAACGUAUGUGGAAUCUGGCGGAUUUACAUGUGGAUGGGAAGGAGGAUAGUAUUGCACUUAGCUGCUUCUUCGCGUUCUCUGUAUAUUGCGCCUCUUGUGUGCAUAAAGAGUUCCGGACCGACCGAGAAUUCGUGUUGGAGUUUAUAUAGGAUUCAGCGGCUUGCGGCUGCUCAUUCCAUCGGUCUCGAUGUAUGUAUUGAUUCCAUUAACGGGGACGGGAGCUAUGACGAGACCAUCAUCAGCGGUUACCUAUGCGCUUCCAGGACUCGAGCGUGUAGUGAAGUGGUCGCCCCCGCGUUGGUGCAAGCACAAUAGUCGGGUGAAUGCGUUUUCUCAGAACUCCUUUUACCUUUUGAAUAUAUUUUUGUUCCAUUAAUCGCCCUCCAUCUACGAAGGUAAGCAUUGCAGCCCCCUUAUUUCCCUUCACGUAAUCGGGUUAAUGAUUUAUUGACUUGUUUUGUAAGAUGUCGUCACGUCAAAAGUCAACGACGCAAUCCGUGUACAACUGUAACAUAGAAUUGUUGCAGACAUCAAGGUUUCAGCUUUCCCAGCUAGGUAGGGGACCAACCUCUUCGCUUCUAGAAUGUUUCUAGAAGGAGCUUAGAACAAACGAAGGAAGAUACGAAUAUAAGAGACUGGGACCUUCUGUUCUAGGAGUGGGGUGGAGGUACGAAGAAGCAUGUAACUUUCAACUUGGCUAGGGUGAUGGAGGGGUUUCGAUAAGAUGAGAUGGUAAAGGCAUGAAUGCGCACGAGAGUCCAUCUACUGGGUGUGUAGGUGAUCCAUCUGUGUUCCGAGCUGAGGAGAUUGACGAAACCGCAUUUCGUGCUAGAAAGAUUCGUUGCCGUGCAUGUUUGGUGUCUAGACCCCGAAAGAGAUCGUGAGGUUUGAAGUGCAGGAGCAAUUAUUCUAACAAAGUUUGCUGCGCCAAGACCGUGUCGCAAACGUAAAUAUGCGAUCUAUUUCUUCUUCGAGGCAAGAAUGUCGAAUAUUCUUGACGGUUAACACAGUUAUCUGUCUGUUAACUAUUAAAAACUUUUCGUGCUGAGCCUGUUUAAGCCCAAUUUCGGACAUAGGAAACCUGGGUUGACCGCAAAUCCUCAAUCCAGUUCGGGACAUUGAAAGCAAACUUUUCGAUAUGAAUAACGAACGCUUGAAGAACCAAGUCGGCCACGUUUGAUUGGGCAAUUGAAAUGUAGGCAGGGGAUGAGUUGUAGUAUCUGAAGAGGGGUUCCAUGAUCAUGCGACUGUUGUCCAGGUAACAAUCUCAGCGGUGAAGUUUUUUCUCAACUAUCUGUCGGUGGAGUUUGCAUAUGUAAGAUCGUGUUGUAAUGCUGCUUAUGCACAUCUCUUUGUGAACUGUACAAUUUGGUCGUCUUGCCGGUUCCGUUUUUGCAAUAAUGUACCUGGCGGUGUCGUGGGUGUAUAGAUUCCCAUGUCGAGGUUCUGGAUUUUUCAUCACUAAUCGGUG